AUGAUUGCGCGCUGCAGGAAGUUUGACGAAACCGACUUCAUGGAAAACCCAUACGUCAAAGGCGGCCCGCAGAAGACCUGGGACCCUGUUAUGUACAGGUACCAACAGCUCAAAAACAGAGGCGCAAGCAGUAGUGGUAAACCAGGCGGUGAAAUCAACAACCAGCCAAAACCAACAGACCGGGAAAGGACAACAACAAGGCUGCUCACCACUGGAUAA